GGCAGUCCACUUCGAGCUGGUGUCUUCAUUGAUCACGGAGAAUUUCCUCGAGGCAUUCCGUCGAUUUGUAUCGAAAAGAGGUCGACCUACCCAUGUUCAUACGGAUAAUGGUACCAAUUUCACUGGAGCCAACAACCUUCUGCACAAUAUCAACCGGAGGCGGGUGGAAGACUUUGGCAUUGUCGAAAGGAUCCAGUGGCAAUUUAACCCUCCCUCAGCUGCCUGGUGGGGAGGAUGGUGGGAGCGAAAGGUUCGCAUCAUGAAGGAUAUGCUGAGGAAGAACCUUGGGCGAGCUGCUCUGAGUUACGAAGAGCUUAACACUGUACUCUGUGACUGUGAAGCAGUCAUAAAUAGUCGACCCAUCACUUACCUGGCGGAAGAUACGUGUCAGCUCGUACCUUUGUUGCCCUCGCUGUUUCUUCAUGAGCUGAAAGAUGACAAAGUACCUGACAUCGACGUGGCGAUCACCUCUCAUAAAAUCACUGCUAGAUUGCGCUACAUUCAGGGACUGCGAGAAACUCUGAAGAAACGUUUCAGAAUUGAAUAUCUUGGUCAGCUGAUGUUACGCCCUUUGGCGCGAUCUACCUCCAAUACUCUCAAGGUGGGAGAUGUUGCCCUCAUCGGCAACGACCUGCAAAAACGUCUGGACUGGCCCUUGGCCAGAAUAAAAGAGCUGAUGGAGAAACGAGAGUUGCUCGUUUGA